CUGUCCAGGGUGUGCCCUGCCUUGUCCCUGCUGCUUGCUGGGAUAGACUCCAGCUCCCCCACGACCCUGAGCUGGAGGAAGAAGCAGCAAACGGCUGGAGGUCAGACACCUGACUGCACAGCUCACGGGUUCAUCACCUGGGGAGCCCCUCUUUCACUGCUGGGGUACCCCUACAGUGCCGGUUUUGAGGGUCCCCCUCUCCUCCUGGCCGGGUGCACAGGUGUGUCGAGGUUGCGGCACGGCCGGUCCAGAGGGCCGAGCUGCAGGCAGGAGCGCCGGGGGGGCGGGGGUGUGAUUAAGAAGCUGUCGUUAAGCCGGUUUAAGACGAGAGCAGUGUGACAUUGAGAAGACACACGUGCCCUGGCCGGCAGAGCGCUCGGACCGGCUGUGGGGUGCCUGCUCUCUCCCUGCCGCCGGACACCCCGCCUCCUCCGCCAGCGGACCCCGCGACCCGGCUGGGAGGGCCCGCUCUCCGCAGGCGGAUGUUGAAAUGUCAUCGCUGUUCCUGCGCUAGUGUGUGAGGAGACGGGGGCACGUGGUUUGGCUAAAAGCGUGGCUUCAGUCAAAUAGACGGGACAAAAACGGGGUUCAGAGUCUGUGCAGCUCUCAGAGCUCCAGUAUUCCGGGGAAGUGGCUCCCUGCUCCCGCCUCUCUUCCUGCCAGGUCCGAAUGACCCGGAAGGACUUCGCCAGCGGAGUGCACACCCCACCCCUCGUCCGAAGCUCUACGGCCACUGCCAUGCUCGCCGCGGGGAAAGGGGGGCCAGGGCCCGACGGCCAGGGGCUCACUGGCGCCCCUGGGGCCCCUCCGGCAGUGACCUCCAGGGGGCGCCGAGCCUCUGUCAGCGCCGCCCAGAAACUGAAGUCCACCAUGGUGGUCCAGUCACGGGGGCCGGGGGACACCGAGAGACACCCCAGCGCCUUCCACACGGAGACGGUGCUGGUGGCCGACAGCCUGGUGGAGGGGGGGGGGCAGGUCAGCAGCGGGCUGCCCCUCCCUGACAUCAUGCCCAGCGAGCACAGCCGCCCGCCCCCGCUGCCGCCCCCCUCGCACCCCCCCAUGCGGCGGCACAAGAGCACCACGGACAUCCCCUACAGCCCCCAGCGGGGCCCCCUGCUCCGCGGCCAGCGCCCCAGCCUCUGCUCCGCGGGGGACCUGCCCGGGUACCGCCGCUGCUCCCUGCGAGAGGCGGCCGGCGCCCACGCCCGCUGGUACCCCCGCCACGCCCUUAGCGUGCCCAACAUGGACACCAGCCCCGCGCGGGCCUCCCGGACGCCCACCCGCAGCGUGCUGUCCGCCCCGGUCCUGGAGAUGGAGAAGUCGCCCAAGCUGCGCAGCAGGCUGCUGGAGGACGAGGAGGGCCAGGCGCCGCCGUGCCCGCCGGCCGCCCGCGAGCUGCGCCGCUACGUCACCAAGGACGGCAAGUGCCGGGUCAACCUACGCCACAUCGCCGAGCCCGGGCGCUUCCUGUCGGACAUCUUCACCUCCUUCGUGGACCUCAAGUACCGCUGGUUCCUCUUCGUCUUCAUGAUGUGCUACGUGGUCACCUGGGUCGGCUUCGCCACCCUCUACUUCCUGGACGCCCUCCUGCGGGGCGACCUGGACGCGCCGGCCCGCCGGGACCCGCCGCCCUGCUACCAGAACGUGGACGGCUUCCUGUCCGCGCUGCUCUUCUCCGUGGAGACCCAGCGCACGAUCGGCUACGGCUCCCGCAUGGUGAUGUCCUCCUGCCAGGAGGGCGUGCUGCUGGUGAUGGCGCAGUCCAUCGUGGGCUCCAUGAUCGACGCGCUCAUGGUGGGCUGCAUGUUCGUCAAGAUCUCGAGGCCCAAGAAGCGCGCCCAGACGCUGCUGUUCAGCCGGACCUGCGUCAUCGCCAACCGCGACGACCAGCUGUGCCUCAUGUUCCGCCUGGGCGACCUGCGCGAGAGCCACAUGGUGGACGCCAAGGUGCGCGCCAAGCUCAUCCAGUCGCGCCAGACCAGCGAGGGCGAGUUCCUGCCCCUGGAGCAGACCGAGAUCGACCUGGGCUACGAGACGGGCUCCGACCGCCUCUUCCUGGUGGAGCCGCAGGUCAUCCAGCACACCAUCGACCCGAACAGCCCCUUCUGGGAGCUGGGGCCGGACCAGCUGCGCCGGCAGCAGUUCGAGAUCAUCGUCAUCCUGGAGGGCAUCGUGGAGGCCACCGGGAUGAUGUGCCAGGCGAAGACCUCGUACAUCGAGACGGAGAUCGAGUGGGGCGCCCGCUUCGAGCCCUGCAUGACCCUGGAGAAGGGGGCCUUCCGGGUCGACUACCGUCGCUUCCACGAGACCUACCAGGUGCCGCUGCCGCGCUGCAGCGCCUGCCAGAGCGCCGAGCUGCAGGGGCAGCUGGACUGGGGGCUGCAGGCGGAGGAGGAGGAGGAGGAGGGGGACAGAGACGACCAGGCGGAUGGGGGGGGCCUGGGGCGAAGGCUCUUCUGGGAAGCCCCCGGAUUCGGCAUCGAUCAGAUCCAGGAGGAGCGAGCCUCAGAGGUCAACGAGUGCGAGUUCAGCGUGUGACAGUCCGCGUGUGGAGGGAAAUAACAGGGCUGCUGGUCUUGGGACAUGCCUGUCCGUCUGUGAGCAGCUCAGAGGGAGGCACAUGUACCAGUUCAGAGAUGUUCUGCUUUCUUUUUAUGUCUGCAUUAGUGCUGGGGACAUUGAGUUAGGUGUCGGCACUGGUUAAAAUCUAGGGUCUCUUACACCGGGAGGACAGCUUGGCCAGUGGUUCAGGUCCAGUCCUGUUGUACCAGGAGGACAGCUGGUCCAGUGGUUCAGGUCCAGUCCUGUUAUACCAGGAGGACAGCUGGUCCAGUGGUUAAGGUCCAGUCCUGUUAUACCAGGAGGACAGCUGGUCCAGUGGUUAGUCCAGUUGUUAGACCAGGGGCACAGCUGGUCCAGUGGUUCAGGUCCAGUCUUGUUAGACCAGGAGGACAGCUGGUCCAGUUGUUAAAGUACUUAUCCUCAGUUUUGUAACUCAGAUAGUAGUUACAUCAGUAGGGUCCUAGUUCAGGGUCCAAUGCUCUGUCCAUUGCACCCCUGCAGGAGUCACUGAACCCCGUGUUCCAUCCCACAGAUGAGAUUGUCAAGCUAAGGUCCUGCAGUCAGAGACCCUGGAGCCAAGCUGUUGAUGAAAUAGUUCAGUCUAAGUACUGUACCUUCAAGCUCAUACAAUGUUAUUAGCAAUGAGAUUUGUUUUGCUUGUUGAGCAGGCUUUGCCAAACCUGUAGUUUUAAGCAGUUUCUUUAGGAAUGCUGGAUGUAUCUUUUUUCACUCCGAAUUGGAAAACAGUCAGUAUAUAUUUUUUUUUUAGAGAAACAUCUCCCCAGACUCAUCUGUUCAUGAACUCUUGUCUAAGGCUUUAUACUAGAGUUGCAAUACAACAGUGAUGUGUUUGUAGAAGAAAUGUAUCCCUGACUUGAGCAGAGCAACUAAAUAGCUGGUUUCAUUAAGAGCAAAUGUAAUCUGUAAAAAAAGGCGGUAAGAUAUAAAUGUGUACAUACUGUCCGAGAGGACUUUUGUGAAAACAAAAAAUCAGAGGCAAACUGAAAUAAACGUUUUAUUUUUCAAGUACAAAAAUCCA